ACGUGACAGUGGGAACACGGAAGUGCCGCACAGAAACACGGAAGUGCCGCACAGAGCAGAGACACGGGCCCGGGCUGAGGUUGUUGUUGUUGUUGCUCCCGCGGCUUCAUGGAGACUCACUGAGACUUCCCGCUGAUCUGAUGUCCCUCAGCUGAGGACAGACUGUCUCUCGCUCCCGUGCUUCGUUACUCAGCGGAUUAAAAUGGCGUCGGCGACGUUUCUCUCCCUCCUGCUCGGCUGCGUCACUUUGAGCUGCGCGGCCGGAUCCUACAGGAAACCCAACAUGGUGCUAAUCCUCACGGACGAUCUGGACGUCGCCAUCGGGGGUUUGAGUCCACUCACCAAGACGAGAAAACUGAUCGGAGACGCAGGGAUCUCCUUCUCUAACGCAUUCGUGGCCAGCCCGCUGUGCUGCCCGAGCCGAGCCAGCAUCCUGACGGGCAAAUACCCGCACAACCACCACGUCAUCAACAACACGCUGGAGGGGAACUGCAGCAGCGCGGUCUGGCAGAAGAGCGAGGAGGGGCAGACCUUCCCCGCUCUGCUGAAAAACUUCGCCGGGUAUCAAACCUUCUUCGCCGGGAAAUACCUCAACCAGUAUGGGCACCCGGAGGCUGGUGGGGUGGAGCACGUUCCUCCAGGCUGGAGCUACUGGGUCGGACUGGAGAAAAACUCUCAAUAUUACAACUACACACUGUCGGUGAACGGGAAGGCUGAGAAACACGGAGCGAACUACAGCAAAGACUACCUGACCGACGUACUGGCCAACAUGUCUCUGGACUUCCUCCAGUAUAAAUCCAACUACCAGCCGUUCUUCAUGAUGGUUUCCACGCCGGCGCCCCACUCUCCCUGGACAGCGGCCCCUCAGUACCAGAGCAGCUUCAACACCACCAAGGCUCCCAGGGACCCCAACUUCAACGUCCACGGGAAGGACAAACACUGGCUGAUCCGACAAGCUAAAACCCCCAUGUCCAACUCCUCUGUUCAGUUUCUGGACGAUGCCUUCAGGAAACGGUGGCGCACGCUGCUCUCAGUGGACGACCUGGUGGAGAAGAUAGUGAAGAGGUUGGAGGUCAGAGGUGAACUGGACAACACCUACAUCUUCUUCACCUCUGACAACGGGUAUCACACGGGUCAGUUCUCGCUUCCUCUGGACAAGAGGCAGCUCUACGAGUUCGACAUCAAGGUUCCUCUCAUGGUCCGAGGACCGAACAUCAAACCCAACCAGACCACCCAGAUGCCGGUGGCGAAUGUUGACCUGGGUCCGACCUUCCUGGACAUCGCCGGCUACAACGUCAACAAGACGCAGAUGGACGGCAUGUCCUUCCUGUCCGUUCUGGAGGGGAAGGUGAACAGCAGCAGCUGGAGGACAGACGUCCUGGUGGAGUAUGAAGGAGAAGGAAGCAACGUGUCCGACCCCUCCUGCCCCCUGCUGGGCCCCGGAGUGUCGGAGUGUUUUCCAGACUGUGUGUGCGAGGACUCGUUCAACAACACCUACGCCUGCGUGCGAACUGUCGCCCCCUCUGCCAACCUGCAGUACUGCGAGUUUGAUGACAACCAGGUGUUCGUAGAAGUCUACAACGUCACCGCUGACCCGUACCAGCUGACCAACAUCGCAGAUUCCAUCGGCCAGGACUUCCUGGAGAAGAUGAACCACCGGCUGAUGAUGCUGCAGUCCUGCUCCGGGCAGACGUGUCGGACGCCCGGCGUGUACGAUCCAAGGUAUAAAUUCGACCCUCGACAGAUGUUCCCCAGUCACAGCCGGAGGCUCAACAGACUGAGACAGAGGAUGAAGUAAGACGAGCGGAGGAAGGAAAGGCUUGUUUGUGGUGAUCGGCCUUUCCUGUUGUCGUUGCCUUGUUUUUUUCGGGGCCUCCUGAGCCAGUCGCUGUUAAAGAUGGAUGUUGAAGGGAUCCUGCAGUCUGGUAAUCGGCCGGUUGCCACGGCGACGGGGGGCCUGUGGGUGCAGGAGCCACUUGUUAAAGAUCUCAGAUCGGGCUCCUGUUCAGUGAGUUUGUCAGUAGUUGUGCAGAAAGGCCAAAUUUCUAUUAGACGGAUUUAAUUUGACUCACGUUUCUCUAAUUUAACUUCAUCAACAGGCGGUUCAACAAAAAAGUGCCUAGAAAGAGACGCAGGGUUGAAAUGCUACAUUAUAUAAAUUUAACAAACGCUGAAGAAGGAAACUCGAUCUCAGUCAUGAAUCAGUGACGAGAGCUCAUCACAUUAAAGAUCAUGUUACACUGACGUUAGAUUCUUGGGAGUGAAGUUAAACAUCUCAUUUCAUGGGUCACGACUGAAACUGAAGAGAGGAAAUCUCAUUUUAAACAUAUUCAUCAUUUCAAGGUAUUUUUCUAAACUGUGAAAAGAGUCGAUAUCAAUUUCGUGAAUGGAAAAAGUCGCAUUAACAGUCGUCACUUUGAAAUAUUUGUCUGUUUUUAAACCGUCGUCAUUCUGUGUUUUUAGUUCAUCCGCCUGCUCACGUUUCACAUUUCAUACCGAAGCUGAUUAAUCCACAGUCGUCAUCUUUUAAUGGACAGAAAUACAUGAAUCUAGGUAUUAAUAUUAUACAACAACUGCAGUAGUUUGAAGACGCACUACACAAGUACACGGGAUGAUGAUAAUAAAACCCUUAUUGGAUGAGUGAAGGAAGAAGAUGGUGUUAAAUUUCAAGCUGCCUUGAGACGUUAAUUUGUGACGAUAUGUUUUUUAAAACCCGGUCGAAUCUCUGCCGGUUUUUUAAACAUCCAACCAAAGAUCAAAUUUUGGAGACUCGAGGGAAAGGUGACGUCGUCUCUGUCGAGUUACAUGUGCUUGUGACAUUUAUUGUGAAAAUCUGAAUCUUUUUUUGUGUGUGUGUGUUAACUUUGUGAAUUGUGUUGCUGCUGUUGUUGUUGUUUUCAUGCCUGGAUCCUGCAGCUCCUCUUCGCUCUGGACUGAAAUAAAAAAAUAUCACAACACUGAGAUUAAAGUCCUGAAUCCACAGGAACAGAAACAUUCUCCCUCUGCGAUUCAUUUUCCACGUUUCACUUCACUGAUGCACUUUCCAAUCUGUCAGGACAGUUGUUUGUUUUGGCACCAUUCAGUUUUAUUUUUCUGUAGUUGAUGAUGAAGAUGAAGAUGUAUUUUUGCUUGUGGUUUUUGUCCAAAUAAAGAAAUUCUCAAUAUCA